AAGAUAUCCAGGUUUGCAAAGUUAGGAUGAUAUGUGGAUUGGAGAUAGAGGAGAAUGGUGAAAAAAUACACAUAUAAUGCUUCAUGAGUCACCUCCCACGUAACGGUCUUUGAAGAAUCAAGAGUAUUGGUGAUCUAUCCGGUUCCUAUGCCCAAGCAGCGUGAAGAUCCGGCAACACCGCAUCGUUCCCUACAUCGGCCGAUUGCAUUCAUUCGUUGCCUGACAGGUGGCUACACUGGCACGCAAUCGAAGAUGGCCGCGAUUUCUGAGUGA